UGUUGAAAAUGUUAAAGGCUGUGCUGAAGAAGAGCCGAGAGGGAGGAAAGGGAAGCAAGAAGGAAGCAGGUGACUUGGGUACAGAGACUCUCCCUGCAGCCUUGGCUCCAGGUCAUGGUGGUGACUUUCCUGUGAACAGUCUUCCCACAGCAGAGGACACCUACAGGGUGAGCUUGGCCAAAGGGGUGUCGAUGUCUUUGCCUUCAUCACCUCUGCUGCCUCGACAGUCUCACUCAGUGCAAUCAAGAUCAAACAAAAAAUCCCCAGGUCCCGUCAGGAAGCCCAAGUAUGUGGAAAGCCCCAGAGUGCCCGGGGAUGCAGUUAUAAUUCCAUUCAGGGAAGUAGCCAAGCCAGCAGAGCCCACUGUGAAUGAAGCAAAGGCCGAUAAUGAACCGAGCUGUUCACCGGCAGCUCAAGAACUGUUGACAAGACUGGGAUUUUUACUGGGAGAAGGGAUCCCAAGUGCCACACACAUAACCAUUGAAGAAAAAAAUGAAACCAUGUGCACAGCUCUGAGCCAAGGCAUCAGUCCUUGCUCCACACUAACAAGCAGCACCGCAUCUCCUAGCACCGAUAGUCCCUGCUCAACCUUGAAUAGCUGUGUCAGCAAGACGGCAGCCAACAAAAGUCCCUGUGAGACCAUUAGCAGCCCUAGUUCCACCCUGGAAAGCAAGGACAGUGGAAUUAUAGCUACAAUUACAAGUUCUUCUGAAAAUGAUGACCGGAGUGGAUCCAGUUUGGAAUGGAAUAAAGACGGAAGCCUAAGGCUUGGGGUCCAGAAGGGAGUGCUUCAUGAUCGAAGGACAGAUAAUUGCUCCCCCGUAGCAGAAGAGGAGCCCACAGGGCCUACAGAGAGUGUACUGCCCAAAGCCGAAGGCUCUGUUGGAGAUGGUCCGGUUCCUUAUUCUCAGAGCUCUAGCUCGCUAAUCAUGCCAAGACCCAACUCUGUUGCAGCGACGAGUUCAACCAAAUUGGAAGAUUUGAGUUAUUUAGAUGGGCAGAGAAAUGCUCCUCUCCGAACGUCGAUUAGAUUGCCCUGGCACAACACAGCUGGAGCACGAUUUGCUCCCUACAAGCCACAAGACAUUUUGUUGAAACCCCUGUUGUUUGAAGUACCAAGCAUAACGACAGACUCCGUGUUUGUGGGAAGGGAUUGGCUCUUUCAUCAGAUAGAAGAAAGUUUGAGGAACACAGAGCUUACAGAAAACAGAGGAGCAGUGGUUGUUGGAAACGUGGGCUUUGGGAAGACAGCCAUCAUUUCUAAAUUGGUGGCACUCAGCUGCCAUGGAAGCCGCAUGAGGCAGAUUGCCUCCAACAGCCCCAGUUCAUCACCUAAAACUUCAGACUCUUCCCAUGAUCUUCCAUUGCUCUCCCCAAAUUCUGGCACCAACUCUGCUAAGACACCCCAUGGGUUUGGAAUUGAUAUUCCUGAAAACCAGAGACCCAGAGAGGAUGCAGCAAAACUCCUUGCUUCUAAGGUCGUAGCCUACCACUAUUGCCAAGCCGAUAACACCUAUACUUGCCUGGUGCCCGAGUUCGUGCACAGCAUCGCGGCACUGCUCUGCCGGUCCCACCAGCUCGCCGCCUACCGAGACUUGCUGAUCAAGGAGCCGCAGCUACAGAGCAUGCUGAGCCUUCGAUCCUGUGUGCAGGAUCCAGUGGUCGCCUUCAAGAGAGGAGUACUAGAGCCACUCGCAAUCCUGAGAACCGAGCAGAAAAUUCCUGAAGAAGAAUACAUUAUUCUGAUAGAUGGUUUAAAUGAAGCUGAAUUUCAUAAGCCUGAUUAUGGAGAUACGCUUUCUUCAUUUAUUACCAAAAUUAUCUCUAAAUUUCCUACCUGGCUGAAGUUAAUUGUGACUGUAAGAGCAAAUUUUCAGGAAAUUGUCAGUGCACUGCCCUUUGUCAGGCUUUCCUUAGAUGACUUUCCGGACAACAAGGACAUCCACAGCGACCUGCACGCCUAUGUCCAGCACCGGGUGCGCAGUAGCCAAGACAUCCUCAGCAACAUCUCACUGAAUGGCAAGGCCGAUGCCGCCCUCAUCGCCAAAGUGAGCAGCCACCUGGUGCUGCGCAGCCUGGGCUCCUACCUGUACCUCAAGCUCACCUUGGACCUCUUCCAGAAGGGACACUUGGUCAUCAAGAGUGCCAGCUACAAGGUGGUGCCUGUGUCUCUGUCUGAGCUCUACUUGCUUCAGUGCAACCUCAAGUUCAUGACUCAGUCUGCCUUUGAGAGAGCACUUCCAAUUCUAAACGUGGCCCUGGCGUCCCUUCACCCCAUGACGGAUGAGCAGAUUUUCCAGGCCAUUAAUGCGGGCCACAUCCAGGGAGAGCAGGGAUGGGAUGACUUUCAGCAGAGGAUGGAGGCCCUCUCCUGCUUCCUCAUUAAGAGGCGAGACAAAACCCGCAUGUUCUGUCACCCAUCCUUCAGGGAGUGGCUGGUAUGGAGAGCAGAUGGUGAAAACACGGCCUUUCUGUGCGAGCCCAGGAAUGGACACGCUCUGCUGGCGUUCAUGUUCUCCCGACAGGAGGGCAAGCUGAACCGCCAGCAGACCAUGGAGCUUGGCCAUCAUAUCCUGAAGGCACAUAUUUUCAAGGGCCUGAGUAAGAAGACAGGAAUAUCUUCAAGCCAUCUCCAAGCUCUGUGGAUCGGGUAUAGCACUGAAGGUCUGUCUGCUGCCCUCGCCUCUCUCAGGAAUCUCUACACUCCAAACGUGAAAGUGAGCCGUCUCCUCAUCUUGGGAGGUGCCAAUGUGAACUAUAGGACAGAAGUGUUAAACAAUGCACCAAUCCUGUGUGUCCAGUCCCACCUUGGCCAUGAGGAAGUUGUCACUCUACUCCUGGAAUUUGGUGCUUGCCUGGAUGGAAUGUCGGAGAAUGGCAUGACUGCCCUGUGCUAUGCUGCAGCUGCUGGCCACAUGAAACUGGUGUGUCUUCUGGCCAAAAAAGGUUCAAGGGUAGACCACUUGGAUAAGAAAGGCCAGUGUGCACUGGUGCACAGUGCCCUGAGAGGUCAUGGUGACAUUCUCCGCUACCUGCUAGCCUGCGACUGGUCUGCAGGCCCUCCUCAUCCAGGCACACUGAGGAAAACUCAAGCACUGCAGCAGGCUCUGACAGCAGCUGCCAGCAUGGGCCAUAGUUCGGUAGUCCAGUGUUUGCUGGGACUGGAAAAGGAACAUGAAAUAGACGUCAAUGGGACGGACACGCUGUGGGGAGAGACAGCCCUAACUGCGGCCGCAGGACGAGGAAAGCUGGCAGUAUGUGAGCUGCUGCUGGAGCAUGGGGCAGCUGUGUCCAGAACCAACCGCAGAGGGGUCCCACCUCUAUUCUGUGCAGCGCGCCAAGGGCAUUGGCAGAUCGUCCAGUUGCUGUUGGAGCAUGGCUGUGACGUGAAUCUCAGUGACAAGCAGGGCCGGACACCCCUCAUGGUGGCAGCUUGUGAAGGCCACUUGAGCACUGUGGAAUUUCUCCUUUCAAAAGGUGCUGCCCUUUCUUCUCUGGACAAAGAAGGUCUGUCAGCGUUGAGCUGGGCUUGUUUGAAGGGUCACAGGACAGUGGUCCAGUUUUUGGUUGAAGAAGGUGCAGAGAUAGACCAGACAGACAAGAAUGGACGUACACCGCUGGACCUGGCAGCCUUCUAUGGUGAUGCAGAGACGGUGCUGUACCUGGUGGAGAAGGGAGCAGUGAUUGAGCACGUGGACCACAGCGGGAUGCGUCCCUUGGACAGAGCCAUUGGUUGUCGGAACACAUCUGUUGUGGUGACACUGUUGAGAAAAGGAGCUAAACUAGGAAACGCUGCUUGGGCGAUGGCUACUUCCAAGCCUGACAUUUUGAUUAUACUUUUACAGAAACUGAUGGAGGAAGGAAAUGUGAUGUACAAAAAAGGGAAGAUGAAGGAGGCAGCACAGAGGUACCAGUAUGCUCUAAGGAAGUUCCCUCGAGAAGGACUUGGAGAAGACAUGAGACCAUUUAAUGAACUUAGAGUUUCGUUGUAUCUCAAUUUGUCUCGCUGUCGAAGGAAAACAAAUGACUUUGGCUUGGCAGAAGACUUUGCUUCCAAGGCUCUUGAAUUGAAACCAAAGUCCUAUGAAGCUUUUUAUGCCAGGGCAAGAGCAAAGAGAAACAGCAGGCAGUUUGUGGCAGCUCUAGCUGACUUGAGGGAAGCUGUGAAACUCUGUCCCAGCAAUCAAGAAAUCAAGAGACUUCUUGCCCGCGUCGAGGAGGAGUGCAAGCAACUCCAGAGGAACCAACAGCAGAAGCAGCAGUGCCUACCACCACCACCAGUUCCCCCCAACGAUUCAGACAACGAAGAAGAAGCUGUGACCCCUGGGUUAAAUGACCAGUUUGAUCUUGAGGAAGCUGAAGAAGAGGAGGAAGAAGAAGAGGAAGAAGCAGAAGAAGAAGUAAGUUCUCCAAUGGAAGAGUCUAUUUCUCUGGCUCCCAGGUCCCAGCCAUCCUCAUCUGGCCCCUCUCCAUAUAUACGAAACAUUCAAGAAGGGUUGCAGUCCAAAAUACGACCAGUCUCCCCACAGAACAGGCCCGGAAGCAAGGUCCCACGGGAGCCUGUAGCACAACCAGGGCUGAUUAUGCAGCCCAGCAAGCAGGCACAGAUUGUUAAAACUAGCCAACAUCUGGGCUCUGGACAGCCUAGCAUGAGAAACGGGAGCAUAAAGAUGCAGGCCUCACCUCAGAAUCCUCCCUCAAGUCCCAUGCCAGGUAGGGGGCCAGCAGCUCCUGCCAGGAGCAGAGCUCCUCUUUUAGACGGAGCCUUCACUCUAGGGGCCACAUCGGGCCAUUUGGGGGACCAGCUGGGACCCAGUCCCAAAGUGCAGCCACAACAUAGUGAGAGUGGCACGGCCUACCCUUUACCGAGCAAGAUAAAAACUGCAGAGAGGCUCCUGGCUCAUGCCGGGGUGGCUGUGGAUGUGGCGCCUCUAAACCAGGGUGGGCCCGUGAGUGCCAGUGACAUGCGACAUGCAGCUUCCCUGGCCAGUUCUGGCUCUUCUGGUUCCCCGUCCAGCAGCAUAAAGAUGUCAAGUUCAACCAGUAGUUUGACUUCAAGCAGCAGUUUUUCUGAUGGCUUCAAGGCCCAAGGACCAGAAAUGCGAAUAAAAGACAAAACUGUUACCGGUGGAACUGCAGAGCACAGGCCACGCAACACUCCAUUCAUGGGGAUCAUGGACAAGACUGCGCGGUUCCAGCAGCAGAGCAGUUCCUCCUCUCGUACCUGGCACUGUCAGGCGCCCGAGGGGCUCCUGGCAAGCACACCUGCUGCAGCUGGCCUGCAGUCCACAAACUCAGAGAAGCCCGUCCUCAAACCAGUGGGUGGAUAUCAUUACCAAGCCAAAACCUGCUCCGCUGCUACCCUGGGUGGGAGUGCCCACAACGGGGCCCAGAUGAAGGAGCUGGAAGAAAAGUGCCAAAUCCCCAUCCACUGUCAGGAGAGCAGAAUAAGUAAGACUGUUUCUCACUUGUAUCAGGAAAGUAUCUCUAAACAGCAGCCACACAUCAGUAGCGAAGCACAUAGGAGUCAUCUCCCUUCAGCAAAACCAAAGCGCUCAUUUAUAGAAUCGAAUGUGUGAACCUUAAAAAGGACCUGUUUGUAGAAUUUGGAAAACUUUGUAUUGGCUCCUGAUGGUAAUUAAGUGAUUUUUCAUGAGAAAAAA